AUGGCCUCGCUGGACCUGCCCUACCGCUGCCCCCGCUGCGGGGAGCACAAGCGCUUCCGGAGCCUGUCGUCGCUGCGCGCGCACCUGGAGUACAGCCACACGUACGAGACGCUCUACAUCCUCUCCAAGACCAACAGCAUCUGCGACGGUGCCGCGGCGGCCGCCGCUGCCGCCGCCGCCUCCGGCUUCCCGCUGGCGCCUGAGCCCGCCGCCCUGCUGGCCGUGCCAGGCGCCCGGCGCGAGGUCUUCGAGAGUACGUCCUUCCAGGGCAAGGAGCAGGCGGCCGGGCCGUCGCCCGCGGCACCACACUUGCUGCACCACCAUCACCACCACGCGCCCCUCGCGCACUUCCCCGGCGACCUGGUGCCCGCCAGCCUGCCCUGCGAGGAGCUGGCCGAGCCGGGCCUCGUGCCCGCCGCCGCCGCGCGCUACGCGCUCCGCGAGAUCGAGAUCCCGCUGGGGGAGCUGUUCGCCCGCAAGUCCGUGGCCUCCUCGGCGUGCUCGACGCCGCCGCCCGGGCCUGGCCCCGGCCCCGCCUCCGCCUCGCCCGCGUCCCCCUCGCCCGCCGAUGUGGCUUACGAAGAGGGCCUGGCGCGCCUCAAGAUCCGCGCACUGGAGAAGCUGGAGGUGGACCGACGGCUGGAGCGGCUGAGCGAGGAGGUGGAGCAGAAGAUCGCGGGCCAGGUGGGCCGGCUGCAGGCCGAGCUGGAGCGCAAGGCAGCGGAGCUGGAGACUGCGCGGCAGGAGAGCGCGCGGCUCGGGCGCGAGAAGGAGGAGCUGGAGGAGCGCGCUUCCGAGCUCUCGCGCCAGGUGGACGUGAGUGUGGAGCUGCUGGCCUCGCUCAAGCAGGACCUGGUGCACAAGGAACAGGAGCUGAGCCGCAAGCAGCAGGAGGUGGUGCAGAUCGACCAGUUCCUGAAGGAGACGGCGGCGCGGGAGGCCAGCGCCAAGCUGCGGCUGCAGCAGUUCAUCGAGGAGCUCCUGGAGCGGGCCGACCGCGCCGAGCGGCAGCUGCAGGUCAUCAGCAGCAGCUGUGGCAGCACGCCCAGUGCCAGCCUAGGCCGCGGAGGUGGGGGAAGUGGCGCUGGGCCCAGUACCCGGGGCCCAGGCAGGACGCGAGAACACCACGUGGGCCCAGUCAUGCCUAGCACAUAUGCGGUGUCACGGCAUGGCUCCUCUCCCAGCGCAGGGGCCUCCUGUCGCAUCCCAGCUGCAUCCCAGAGCUCAGGCUGCUAUGACAGUGACAGUCUGGAGCUGCCUCGGCCAGAAGAGGGGGCACCUGAGGACAGUGGCCCCGGGGGUUUGGGCACACGGGUCCAGGCUGCCAACGGUGGCUCAGAGCGGGCGCAGCCCCCUCGCAGCUCAGGCCUGCGGCGCCAGGCCAUCCAGAACUGGCAGCGCAGACCCCGCCGACACAGCACGGAGGGGGAGGAAGGUGACGUCUCGGAUGUGGGCUCCCGAACCACCGAGUCAGAGGCGGAGGGCCCCUCGGAUGCUCCCCGCCCCGGGCCUGCUGCGGCUGGGCCGUUGAGCGGCUGCCGGCUCUCCGCCCGCCCUGAGGGAGGCAGUGGGCGGGGUCGGCGAGCUGAGAGGGGCAGCCCCUCACGCUCCAAUGAGGUCAUCAGUCCAGAGAUCCUCAAGAUGAGAGCCGCCCUGUUCUGCAUCUUCACUUACCUGGACACGCGCACACUGCUACAUGCCGCCGAGGUCUGCCGGGACUGGCGCUUUGUGGCCCGCCACCCAGCCGUCUGGACACGGGUGCUGCUUGAGAAUGCCCGCGUCUGUUCCAAGUUCCUGGGAAUGCUGGCGCAGUGGUGCACCCAGGCCCACUCGCUGACACUGCAGAACCUGAAACCCCGGCAGCGGGGCAAGAAGGAGAGCAAAGAGGAGUAUGCCCGGAGUACCCGGGGCUGCCUGGAAGCAGGGCUGGAGUCUCUGCUAAAGGCAGCGGGGGGGAAUCUGCUGAUUCUGCGCAUCUCCCACUGUCCCAACAUCCUCACUGACCGUUCGCUCUGGCUGGCCAGCUGCUACUGCCGCGCCCUGCAGGCCGUCACCUACAGAAGUGCCACAGACCCGGUGGGCCAUGAGGUCAUUUGGGCCCUGGGUGCAGGCUGCAGAGAGAUUGUCUCCCUCCAGGUGGCGCCACUUCACCCCUGCCAGCAGCCCACGCGCUUCAGUAACCGCUGCCUACAGAUGAUCGGUCGCUGCUGGCCCCACCUCCGGGCUCUAGGGGUCGGGGGUGCUGGCUGUGGGGUGCAGGGCCUGGCAUCACUCGCGAGAAACUGCAUGCGACUGCAGGUCCUGGAGCUGGACCACGUGUCGGAGAUCACCCAAGAAGUGGCGGCGGAGGUCUGCCGGGAAGGCCUGAAGGGACUGGAGAUGCUGGUGCUCACAGCCACCCCCGUCACCCCCAAGGCCCUGCUGCAUUUCAACAGCAUCUGCCGGAACCUCAAGUCCAUUGUGGUCCAGAUUGGGAUUGCUGAUUAUUUCAAAGAGCCCAGCAGUCCUGAGGCCCAGAAGCUGUUUGAGGACAUGGUGACAAAACUCCAGGCCCUACGGCGGAGGCCCGGCUUCUCUAAGAUCCUGCACAUCAAGGUGGAAGGCGGCUGCUAACCCGGGUGGGGGGCAGCGGUGCCCCUGCCAGCCCCACACCAGGGCACUCUCUUUGGACCUCCAGAGGGACCCUG